UGCUGUCAAACUCGUCAACUCGACUCUUGAUUCGAAUAAGAGUAUGUUUUCCAUGCUGAAGUUUGAAGAAGAAUUAAACUAAAUAAAGUAUAAUAAUAUAAUUUACAUCAAAAUGUUCUAUUUGAUCGGUUUAGGUCUGGGCGACGCUACAGAUAUAACUGUGAAAGGUUUAGAAAUUAUAAGAAAAUGUGAUAAAGUUUUAUUAGAAGGUUAUACUUCUAUUCUUACUGUAGGAAAGGAUGUUUUGGAAGAAUAUUAUGGUAGGCCACUCGUACUUGCAGACCGAGAAUUAUGUGAAGGUGGUAUAGAUGAUAUCCUUCAGGAAGCAAGUGAUAAAGAAGUGGCAUUACUAGUAGUUGGUGACCCCCUUGGAGCCACAACUCACACAGACAUGUUGCUAAGAGCUAAACAAAUGGGUGUUAAAACUCAGAUUGUUCAUAAUGCAUCCAUCAUGAAUGCAGUUAGCUGUUGUGGGUUACAACUGUACAACUUUGGAGAAACAGUUUCAAUACCAUAUUGGACGGAAACUUGGAAACCAGAUAGUUUCUUUGAAAAAAUUGUUGGAAAUUAUUCUAGAAACUUACACACACUAUGUUUAUUAGACAUCAAAGUAAAAGAACCCACAGAAGAGUCUUUGACGAAGAAAAUUCGCCAGUACAUGGAUCCGAAAUUUAUGUCUGUACAGGAAGCAGCUGUGCAGCUGGUGCAAAUUAUAGAGAGUAAUCCAAACUCAGGAAUAUGCAAGAGCAGCAAAGCGGUUGGACUCUCAAGAGUGGGAGCCCUCGAUCAACGGAUAGCAGCCAUGUCACUCGACGCUAUGCAAACCUUUGACCUCGGCCCGCCGCUCCAUAGCCUCGUUAUUCCUGCUCCCAAUUUACAUCCGUUAGAGCUAGACUAUCUUGCACAAUUUGAAUCAGCCAAUUGAACUACGUGACGUAAAUAUAUUUAUAUGGGCAAUAUUAUUUUGUAAUGUAAAUAAAAAUAAAAUAUUGGGAAUUUAAUUAA